AUGCUCAUCCCUUGUCUGUGUUCCAGGAGCACCAGUGGAGAGCCUUUGAAUUUCUGCAAGACAAGACCCACACCAACAAAUGGGAGUGCACUGGAUAUGUCCAUCAAUGUGAUGUUCCUGACAAUGACCUUGGUGGACAUCAUCACCAGCUUAGUUGGGCUGGUGGGAAACACAGUUGUGCUCUGGCUCCUGGGCUUCCGCAUGCAUGGGAACACAGUCUCAGUCUAUGUCCUCAACCUAGCUGCUGCUGACUUCCUCUUCCUCUGCGGCCAUAUUGCAGAUUCUGUGAACAGCUUCCUUUACUUUUUCCACCUCACUUCAAUCAUUGUUCCUCAGGUCAUAUCCCCAUUGAUGAUAUGUUUCUACAUCACUGGACUGAGCAUGCUCAGUGCUAUUAGUACUGAGCGCUGCCUGUCUGUCCAGUGGCCUAUCUGGUACAGACAUCACAGACCAAGACACAUGUCAGCUGUCACGUGCGCCCUCCUCUGGUCCAUAUCCUUGUUGCUGAGUAUCCUGGUACUUGUGUACUGUAAUGUAGAAUUUAAGUUCUAUUUUUCCUGCUUGACCAUGUCCUUCAUUAUUGCUGCAUGGCUGAUCUUUCUAUUUUUGGUUCUCUGUGGGUCCAGCCUAGCCUUGCUGCUGAGGAUGCUCUGUGGCUCAAGAAGGUUGCCACUGACCAGGCUCUAUGUGACUGUGGGGCUUUCGGUGCUGGUCUCCCUCCUCUGUGGCCUGCCUAUAGGCAUCAUGCAUUCUCUGUUGUCCUGGUUUACAGAUAGCAGUGACUGGAUUUACUAUGAUUUGACUGCUUUCUUCUUGUCUGGUAUCAAUAGCAGUGCCAACCCCCUCAUUUACUUCUUUGUUGGCUCCUUUAAGCACAAACAGAAGCAGAGGCAGCAGCAGUUCCUGAAGCUGAUCCUGGAGAAGGCCUUAGAGAAUAAAGCUGAGGUAGACAGAAGUAGAGACAGCCUUCCUCAAAAUAGCAUAGAGAUAUCAGGGUCCCUUUCUUUCAGUGAUUCUAUAUAUACAAGGGUUAAUUCACAGAAGUAG